AUGUGGCAGAGGCGGCACUAUUUUGUGAAGUUAUCAGGGCUCUUGUUGGCAUCAUCGUUUGCUUGGUACUUGGGAUACUUAUUUGCUGCUCAUUUAUCACAAGAGACACUGUCGACAUCUAUAGCUUAUCUUCAAGACAUUGGAAAGAAACCAGUGUUGAGGGCCCCACUCCCCAGAAGGCAGAAGUGUGAUCACUGGUCUCCCUGCUCACCAGGGAGCUAUGCCUAUCGGAUUCUUAGUGGUGGUGGCAAAGAAAAGCUGGCUAAAAUCUGUUUUGAAGAUGAGCUGCUUAUAAGUGAAGAAAAGGGUAAUGUUGGAAGAGGUAUAAACAUAGCCAUUGUCAAUUAUGAAACAGGAGCACUAACAUCAGCCAAUUUCUUUGACAUGUGGGAAGGAGACCACUCAGAAGAGAUGGUGGCUUUCAUUGAAAGUGCACCACAAGGGUCCCUGCUUUUCAUGGUUACUCAUGAUGAUGGAAGCGCCCGGUUGAAAAGUAAUGCCAAAAAGUUAGUAGAAGCUCUGGGAAGUAAAGAAAUACAAAAUAUGAAGUUCAGGUCAAGCUGGGCUUUUAUAGCUGCCAAAGGCUUCAGGCUUCCAGAUGAUAUCGAAAGAGAAAAGAUAAACCACUCUGACAGUAAGAAGAAUAGAUACGGUGGCUGGCCAGCUGAAAUACAGAUAGAGGGCUGUAUCCCAAGAAACCUGAUGUAAACAAAUGUAUACCUCCUUAGCAAAGAUUCUUCUAUAUUUUUAUGCAUAUAACUCUGGUAGUUUGCGUCCAGAGCCCAAUAAGCACCUGAACAGCAUUUGUAAAAUAAGUCAUAUAUACAGUUUUUACUCUUGCUUUCAUUUGUGAGGUUUUUCUCUAAUCUGAAAACAAAUAGAUCUUUUGAUGCAAGUGGUAAGAAAAUGCUCUGGUUUGAAAUUACAGUACUUAGACAGUUGGUUGUAAAAUACCAGGGUUAUUGAAAGUGAUUGUACAUUGUCAUCAGUGACUUGUUAGUUACUUGUUUUUAACGUGUGUUUCCUCUUGGUUCCCCUUAUAAACUAACAUAGAAAUUAGUCUAAUCUAUAAUAUAAAAUAAAAUGUAAAUAUAGUAUAAUAUAAAAUAAAUUAUUUAGUACUAAUUUAUUGGUAACUUCUCUUCAGAAGAAGCCACUACGUUUUUUGAGCUGGCUUUGGUAAUGUUAACAAUCUGGGAUAACGUUGUUAACGUGUGGGAAUGGGAUGUUGUUUCUGCAUUAGAUAUUAAAAAGGGCAAUUGGUUUGAAGAAGUAGAACAUAAUGUAUUUGUAUUCUGUAACUUAUCCUUAGAUCUAAAAAGUAGAAAUACUGUAUACGUUAGCAGCAUCUUUUGGAGACCUAAUUACUGAAUUAUGUGAUUAAUUAUUUCUUGCAAAACUGCAAGAAGUUGUUAAAUGUUCCAAACAAUGUGGUAUAGUGUUAGGGAUUAGAAAACAUACUGUAGGGUUGUUCUGUUAGGAUAAGAAACUCCCAGCAAAAGAAAAAUAGAUUUAACAAACAUCUACACUAGGCUGGACUGUCUCACUCCGUGAGAAGCUUAGGAUGUGACAGGCAGGCAUCAAGAUACUCCCCUCUGUCCUCCUUCUGAGCUUAUCUCUAUGCAAGGGUGGAUGAGCAGAUAUCCAGAAACAAUGACCAAACAUAAUGACCAAAGGGUCAGAAGUUAAUUAGUUAAUUAAUUAGAAGUUUAUGCUUAGCCAGCGAAGAUUUAUGUUUGUCCACUGUUUGUAUGUUUAGUGAAGCGUCGAGAAGAUUGUGAACAUAAAGUACUCAGCCAGUGAGGAACUAGGGGAGAAAGAGAUAAGCGUCGGGCAAUAAGGCAUAAAAGA